CUCAAAAUAUCCUUGACAUGGAAACACAUUUUUGAAGAAAGGAACAAGAUGGGAACAAGUGGGAGAAAGAAUGAAAUUUGAAAUGAGAAUGAACUACUGAACUAUAUUCCUGGAGGAAGUGCUCAAGAGCAUAAAUAUUAUAUAGCUCAGUGUGAAUGUACUAGAGCAAUUUUAACCCCAAAAAUUUGUAAGCAACAUUAUUUUGGUAGUUUUGAGUAUAAUGCAGAUCUAGAUAAAAUGGAUGACACCUCACCACAAAAAGAUGAAAGAUUACCACUUAAAUUCACAUCUCAAAUGAAACGUCUUGUUUGCAUUGAGUACCCUGGAUACAUCCAAGACAUCUCAAAAGCUCUGAAAACACUUGGUGGUGAGGAGCAAGUAAAUGCCACAAUUAAAGAUCCAUUGAGACGUGUUGCAAUGCACUUUCGUCCUAAUGAUCCAUACUGUCGUCAGAAUUUUGGUGAUCGGUUCCCUGUCACUGACUUAUUAAUGAAAGUUAAACGAAGGAAACAGAAAAAAAAUGGGACAGAAAAUAUUCAGUAUGAAUGUGAAGUAUUAGGAGUGAUUGAUACUGUUGUGAAGUUUAAAGGUCUAGCAGACUUCCAAUAUGUUGUUCCACAGAUGCCAGACUUACUGGAUGGGUUGCAUGGGAGCGAGAUCUUAGACAUAGAGACACCAUUACAUCUUCCACCACCUGCUUUCUGCAGGGUUGAUCAUCUGUUUGACUAUCAGUAUCGAACAACCAGUGUGUCUAAAGACAGAAAUGUGCAACCUAAUGAACAGCGUCUUGGCAAAACAUUUCGGAAACCUCGGCCAAGCUAUGUCAUAUCCUGUCAUUUUAAAACCCCAGUUGUACCCAGCCAACCAAACGAAGAUGUACUUGAAGAACUUAAACGAUUUCAUAAUGAUGGCUUGGAUAUCAUUCAGCGUUUGUUUAACAUCAGACCAGUCUGGUCGAGACGAGCUAUAAUAUAUCAUCUUGGUGAAAAGGCAAGGAGAGUAAGGCUUUUAUUGCCCUCUGUUGCCUAUUAUUGGAUUGGUGGGCCAUGGCGGACAUUUUGGACCAAGUUCGGCUAUGAUCCAAGGAAAAAUCCUGCAGCUAAAAUCUAUCAAAAACUAGACUUCAGAUUGCGUAACAAUAAAGCGUUACGCGGCAUGCGACUACCUCCCAAGUCUCGACAGGACAAAGAAUUCACAUCAACGACGCGUUUUCAGAGAAAUGCCCCUCAACCAGUCAUACCACUGGGAGUAACAAACACCACUAGUACCGAGGGUCCUGGAACCAGUUCUCAGAAACCCGACGCGGGCUCUCUGGUCUCUGUCGCGGAGGAAAGUUACAUGGAUGUCUCGGUGGAUAACACAGACGAACAGGAAAUUUUACCCUAUGCUUUUUAUCCCGAUAGGGCACCAACUGCCCGGCAAAUCAUCUAUCAAUUAUGUGACAUACGUUGCGCCGAAGUACAGAAAAUGAUUUCUGAGAACGAUGGGCGGGAACGAGUAUGCACAGAGUACGAGGGUUGGUUGGAACAAGGGACAUGCGAGAAGAUUCGUAUUGUGCUGACAAGGAGUUUAGUUGAACUACAAAAAAGUCAAAAGAAUACAUCAGAAACUAUGGAAGGACUGGACGGAAAUGAUGCACAGCCAGACGAGAUGGAAGAAGAUGAGGCCUCGUUCUUAGACACCUUAAUGGAUGACGAUGAUGUCGAAGCUUAUGACAUUCUAGAUGAAGAUUUUUGAUGCAUUUAAAAUGAACUACGCAAGCAAACUAAGUGUCUUCAACGAUGUGAUUACUAUUUAAUAAAGUAUUAAGAUUGCUCUACUUUAUCUUACGUGUUUGUGUGCAUGUACACGCAAAGAUAACAUUUAAUCCUUCUAAAUUAUUAAAAAAAUCAAACCAUCAAUUUGAUUCUUUAAUUUUGCUUUCAAAAAAAAUACGAUACCAAAUCUUGCGGAACACAACUAUCUCUUCAUUUGUGCACAUAUUUCAAAGGUAGUAAAUAUUUACUCUCUGUGCGUAUAAAAACAACUUGACUCAAAUUGAAUUCGACAUUAGGCUCCGACAGUCAGUGAUGCAUUCUGGGUGGCCGGGACGGAAGAAAAAAGCCUUCAAAAAUGACAGACUGAUGCAUUUCAUUCGUCAUAGAUCAAUGAUAGUGAUGAUUUCUGAUCAUUGUGUGAUAUAUGGGUCUUUUUAUAAGAACUAUAAGCUUUGAAUCAGCAGUCGGCUCUGGGAAGGAUUGUAAAGUAAGGGUAAACUGGUAAGGUAGGGCGUAGGCGCCAUCAAGCAGAAAUAUAAUGUAGUGAGUUUAAAAUUUAGAGUAUAGGAGCAUUUUGUGUUUUCCUGGCUUAAAUUAUAUCCCUAGGAUUUGUGAAAAUAUUAAUUCGGGUAUAUCACAAAAAUAGUUCACAACACGUGAAAAGGAAUAAAAAUAGAAAAAAAAACGUGAUCGGGCGUAGUGUUCCUUAUGAAAUCGGUAUUUAAA